CAAGAUUUGUUGUGGGAAAAAAUAAAUCUGACAAGGCCUACUUAAACCAUGGUUUAGUCGUGGUAAAUGAAAACAUGAUCUCUUCCUUUUAUUAUUAGCGAAGACAAAAGAGGAUGCGACCUCUCAACUUUCAUGCAGGGGAUGUGAUGACUGGGGAAGUGAGGCUGCUGAUAAAUUACAUAACAUUUGUGGGGAAGGACACAGUGGCUAAAUUAAUCUCAACUGAUAUCAACACUGGCAUUAUGACAAAUUAUCAGGGGUAAAUUGUGCAUACACGUUUCACAUCUUGGCAUUAAACUGCUGACUUUAGUCUUUCACUCCUUUGGCAUACCGAUCAAAAUAUGCCCACAAGAAUUUGCCGGGCAACGUGUUCGUGAAAUCGCGUGCGUUCCUUGAGCGACAACUAGCAGGAUGUCUCCAAAAGUUUUGAAACCUGUGGUUAAUUGUCUGGUUCAACAAAGCAACUGCCGGGAUACAUCGACUUCUGGAAUUGUCUGUUAUAGUGGAUAAUUGCCAAGACAUCAGAGAUUUGGUAAUGCACUUCAUUAAUCAGUUUACUGUUCCAUAAAACGAUUAAUAUAGGAUUGGCUUUUUUUUCUUCCCAACAAACUUGUGGCCAUUAUUAGGGAGUGUGAGGAGUGAGUCAGAUGUCCAGUGUAAUACUAUUUGAGCUGUGUUUUAAAUAACCACAGUGCUAUAAAUAAACGGGACAUGUUGUCAGUCACACUUUCCACACCCCACAGGCAAACCUGUAGCUGCAGAUCUAAGCCUAAUCUGAUCGAAAAUGGAAAUGGUGUUAUCCAUCUCAACAUUUUCUGAGUUGAAAGAUGAGGUUUGCACUAAAGGUCUCUGAGAUCACGGGGUGAACGCUCGAGUUGGCUUUGUUGUUGUCCUUUCUGCUGCUGAGCAGUAACGCUGAGUAAGAAGGUUCUGCCCUUUGUAAAAUCUGGGAGUGUUAAGAUGAUGGCCCAGGCAAUCAAGUCGGUUCCUUUGCCCGUUUCUGGGGAGGAAAAUCGAGAAAGUCAAAUUUAUGAAAAUGUUUUUGCUGAGAUUGAAUCGCUGGAAUUGCCUCUUGGUUCAAGUUUAUCAUCCGUAUAUGAUGAUCAGCCCAAUGCACACAAACGGUUUAUGGAAAAACUCGAGGCUCGUAUUCGGAAUCAUGACCGUGAGAUUGAAAAAAUGUGCAACUUUCACCAUCAGGGCUUUGUUGAUGCGAUUACAGAGCUUCUUAAAGUGAGGUCAAAUGCAGGGAAAUUAAAGGUCCAGGUAACUGACACUAACAAGAGGCUUCAAGAAGCUGGGAAGGAGGUGAUUAGCCAGAGUGAAGAGAUGAUUCGGUGUAGGGUGCAACAGAGGAAUAUUGCUACUACAGUUGAGAAACUUCAGUUGUGUCUUCCUGUAUUGGAGAUGUACAACAAAGCAAGAGAACAGAUGAAAGCUAAAAGAUAUUAUUCUGCUUUGAAAACAAUGGAACAACUGGAAAAUAUCUAUCUUCCUCGGGUUUAUCAAUAUCGUUUCUGUCAGAUCAUGUCCGAAAAUAUUCCCAGACUGCGAGAAGAAAUCAAGGAAAUAUCCAUGUCUGAUUUGAAAGAUUUCUUAGAAAGCAUUCGGAAGCAUUCAGAUAAAAUAGGAGAAAUGGCAAUGAAGCAGUCUCAGCAACAGAGAAUGUUCAAUAAUGCUGUGAAGAAACAAGCCAGUAUAAGUGAUGGGAGCAAGCUGUACAUUACCAAUGGCAGGAUUCCCCAUCAGCCAGAUGAUGCAACCUCAGAACAGUUACUGGAUGAGGAAGAAGAGAGUGAAGAGGAGGUUCUGACAGCCCAGGAUCUCGUGGAUUUCUCCCCUGUUUACCGAUGUUUGCACAUCUAUACUGUUUUAGGUGAUCGAGACUCUUUUGAAAACUAUUAUAGAAAGCAACGAAGGAAACAAGCGAGACUUGUAUUGCAACCACAGUCAAACAUGCAUGAAACUGUUGAGGGCUAUAGAAAGUAUUUUAACCAGAUCGUUGGAUUUCUUGUAGUGGAAGAUCACAUAUUACAUGCAACUCAAGGAUUAGUGACGAGAGCAUACACGGAUGAGCUUUGGAACAUGGCACUUUCAAAAAUUAUUGCAGUCUUAAGAACACAUUCGUCAUAUUGUACUGAUCCUGACCUCGUCUUGGAGUUGAAGAACUUGAUUGUUGUCUAUGCUGACACUCUGCAGGGUUAUGGUUUUCCUGUGAACAGAUUAUUUGACUUAUUGCUUGAAAUUCGGGAUCAGUACAAUGAAACUUUACUGAAGAAGUGGGCUGCAGUCUUCAGGGAGAUUUUUGAGUCCGACAAUUACAGCCCCAUUCCUGCAGCAAAUGAAGAGGAAUACAGAAUGGUAAUCAGCCGAUUCCCAUUUCAUGAUUCUGAGCUUGAAAAGAGACCUUUUCCAAAGAGAUUCCCAGUGUCUCAAUCGGUACCAGAGAUCUAUAAAGAGUUCAAGGAAUUCAUUUAUGCAAGCCUUAAAUUUUCAGAGUCACUGCAUCGCAGCUCAACAGAAAUAGACGAUAUGCUCAGAAAAUCUACUAACCUACUGUUGACUCGAACUCUGAGUGGGUGUUUACAAAACCUCAUCAAGAAGCCACACAUAGGUUUGACAGAGCUUGUGCAGAUCAUCAUAAACACAACACACCUGGAGCAAGCCUGUAAAUACCUUGAGGAUUUUAUAACAAACAUCACCAAUGUUUCCCCAGAGACUGUGCACACCACACGGCUUUAUGGGCUGUCCACAUUCAAAGAUGCUAGACAUGCAGCAGAAGGAGAAAUAUACACGAAGCUUAACCAUAAGAUUGACGAAUUCAUACAGCUAGCUGACUAUGAAUGGACUAUGACUGAACCCAACGGUCGUGCCAGUGGCUAUUUAAUGGAUCUUAUAAAUUUUCUCAGAAGUACCUUUCAAGUUUUUACACAUUUACCUAAUAACGUCAAUCACCACGCAGCAAUGUCGGGAAAGGUAGCCCAGACAGCCUGCAUGUCAGCCUGCAAGCACCUAUCUACAUCCCUGAUGCAAAUGCUUUUGGAUGCAGAGGUGAAGCAGAUAAGCAUGGGAGCCAUUCAGCAGUUCAACCUGGAUGUCAUUCAGUGUGAAUUGUUUGCAAGCUCUGAACCCGUGCCAGGAUUUCAAGGGGACACCUUGCAGUUAGCAUUCAUCGAUCUCAGACAACUGCUUGACCUGUUUAUGGUAUGGGACUGGUCUACAUAUCUAGCUGAUUAUGGGCAAGCUACGUCAAAGUAUCUGAGAGUGAAUCCCAGCACAGCUCUGACACUUCUUGAGAAAAUGAAAGAUACCAGCAAAAAGAACAAUAUAUUUUCUCAGUUCAGAAAAAAUGACCGUGAUAAGCAGAAACUGAUUGAGACUGUAGUGAAGCAACUGCGCAGUUUGGUGAAUGGUAUGUCCCAGCACUCAUAGAUUUGUUUCCUGAUUUUUCUUUCCCUACCCUGGUCGUUCUUCAGCCAGCAAUUGUAUACAGUACAACAGAAUAACAAUGAAAUCUCAAAGAAGAAGAACUGAAUCAAGUGCAGAACAAACAAAUUAUGAAUGUAUAGAAGAGUGGGGUAAUGAAAAUAAGAGGGAAAUGUUUUCUAUGUAAUUUUCAAACCAUGACUUAUUUGAUGUUCUGAGAUUUUGUGAAUAUGUGCAAUGCCUUUACCAUACACCACUGAUGUUCAUCAAAGCCAAUAAUAUGUUUGAAAAUGAAAAUGUAACUGUUCUAUAUAAGUUCAGAAUUGCUGGGCUGUGUCAACAAUAAUGAGGAAAUUAGUUGACCGCUUUAGCAAUCACACCUUUCACAAAAAUAUUAACACAAUGUAUUGCAACUUUUUUAAAAUUAGGGUAGCACUGUAUUCUAACGUUGUGCAAUGAAUGGAUUGACUGUGAAAUUACUUUGUAAAUUAGCCAUAGCACAUUUUUAAAGCAUGAUCCUCCAAUCUUGCAUACAAGUUGGUUGUUUUUUGAUUUUUGCCUUACCCACACUUCAUAUACCUGAAAGAGAAACGUUUCAGGUCAUUCGUGUCUUCUAUCUGCUUUUAUAUUUAAGAUAACUUUGUGUCUCAUCGCACUGUGAAACGAUCUGAAACAUUGUCUUUCUUCAUGUUACAAAUAUAGUGCAUGUAGAUUUUUUUUCAAGCUUUUACUCAGGGUUGCUUUUUUGAAUUUGUAUUUUUUCUCUGCAGAAAUGUAAACUUGCUUCAAGCACCAGUCUGAGGCAAUCGCAAGUAAUAAGGCAUUACUUUUGAUCUGCUUUAGUCAUUUCCCUCCUUUCCUUUUGAUAUGGUUUUCAAUCUGGUUGAAACGGUUAUUGAUGAAUAAUGAUGGUGGUUUUAUUCUGAUUGUUUCAGAUUGGAUCCUUCUCUGCACUCCCAGAAGGAAACGUAGUGUAUAGCUGUCUGAUUUAUCUUUACUUAUUGUUUGAAAUUUCAAAUAGAUCUAUUUCAUUCUGUUGGCUGUCAUGUUUGUAAGGAAGAAAAUGAAAGAAAUGAGGUUCUGUAAAUUCAUUUCAAAAUGCCCUUGCUGUACAUUCUUACUAUGUAAUAAAAGUGAUCUUGAGCACCUUUUUAAUUAU